AUGUCUAGCGACCAAGACGACCACCGGGGCGAGAUGAUCUCUGCGGAGGACCAGUUCAAUUUUGACAUGGACGCUGAGGCGGAGCUAGAGGAGAUGAAGCGGCAGGUGGACAGCCUGCAGGAGGACAUGCAGCUCAAGGCGCUGCAGGAGUCGGCCGCCAAGGACGAGGGCACGCGCAAGACGGCUGCUGCCGCGGGAGGAAGCAGCGGACAGGCCAGGACGAACACCUCCAUCUUUGUUGGUGACCUUGACUUGAGGACCACGGAUGCAGAUCUGCGCGUCUUUUUCGCCUCCUGCGGCGCCAUUACGCGCGUGACGGUGCUGAAGGACCGCCAGGGAAACCCAAAGGGCACAGCCUACGUGGAGUUUGAAACCGAAGCCCAGGCACAGGCGGCUGUCCUCAAGGAUGGGCAGUCUCUACACGGAAAGCCGCUGAGGGUAGCAAUGAAGCGGGACAACAUUCCUGCAUUCCAACGUGGCCUGCCGCGUGGCGGUGCGUACAUUCCGCGUGGUAGAGGUGCGGGCAACCCGAUGCAGCAGCAGAUGGCUGCCCUGGCCAUGAUGGCUGGAAUGAUGACCCAGGGCUUCAACCCGUACAGCAUGAGCCGUGGCCGCGGUCGCGGUCGUGGUCGCGGAGGCUAUUAG